AAAACAAAUCUUUCUGCUGACCCCUCCAGGCAUGUCAGAGUUUGCAGGUGGCGCUGUGCAUCUGACUGGUGCCUUUUAAGCUUGCAUAUUUUUGGAUGAAGCCCGCUGCCGUCUCGUAAUGUAUGUUGUUUAUCAGUAGUAAGCGUUGGUCACAAUCGGUAAACUGUUCAAAACGAAGACACAACGAAACAAGAACUGUUACCGAAAGCAUUGCAGUUUUGAAGCCGAACAAUGAUAGAAACUGUCCACUUGCGGCUUUUAGGAAUGCUGACACGUAAGAGCAGGGGGAAAAAAAUAAUAAUUGACACAACUUCAUAUGUGAUGCUUUUACGGUACAGAACUUCCCUAAUCCAGUUUAGUGUGUGACUGACCACUUAGAGCAAUUGCGCUGUUUGUACCCUAACUAAACAAGGCCGCUGCAUCGCCCACUGUAGAUAAAUUGCAUAUGUUCUCUGGGGGACCGCUCUCAAGAGGUGAGCAGUGUCUGGUGUGAAGCUGAAGCAAACUACAAGAGAGAUGGAGUCUUACCUGGGCUUCUACCUGCUGAGUUUCCUUGCUUUGACCAAGACUGCACACACUGUUGAACAGACACCUCCGUUUCUGCGAGUGCAGCCGGGACAGUCAGCCACAAUCACCUGCAUCGGAGGUUCAGUGGACUCUGAUGGGGUGUAUCUGAGGAGGAGAUUCAGCCAGACAAGCCAAGUGCUUUACGUCCACAAGUUAGGCACAAUGACAAUAGGCAAGAACUACACUGACCGCAUGAAGACUGAAGGGGACACAAAGAAACUCAUCCUAACAAUCAGCAAUCUGACAGAGAGCGACUCGGAUGGGUAUUUCUGUGAGUUUGGUGGACUUGAUAUGGAAACUGGGAACGUAUUCAAUAUUAUAGCUACUGGGACUUUGAUACUGGUUCAAGACGAGGUGAAAAAGGUGACGUGUCCUCCGGUAGAUCCGAAUCCUCCCAGUUCUAGUCUCCAGCUGACCCCGACCCUAAUGAUUGUCACAUCACUGGCUGCAGUCUGUGUCCCCAUCCUCUGUAUCGUUGCCCUGAUAAUAUGGCAGCUCCCGAAUAUUAAGACGUGUUUUGCCAAACAGAGAUCAGAACAAGCAACUCAUGAUAGUCUAUGAAGAGAUGGCCAAGUCGAGGUACAGCUGUUAGAGGAUUGAGCACGGAGGAGUGUUUGCCUUAUGUACUGUUCAGUAAAAAGCAUUGUGCAUACCAUAUACAGUGUGUGCUGCAUAAGAACAAAGGUAAUUCUAGCAUUAAUUACAUAAUUUAGGAGUAGGAGUUGGAGUAGUAGGGGUAUUAUUUUCUGGGCAGCAGUGUGGAGUAGUGGUUAGGGCUCGGGACUCUUGACCGGAGGGUUGUGGAGGACACUGCUGCUGUACCUUUGAGCAAGGUACUUUACCUAGAUUGCUCCAGUAAAAACACAACUGUAUAAAUGGGUAGUUGUAUGUAAAAAUAAUGUGAUAUCUUGUAACAAUUGUAAGUCGCCCUGGAUAAGGGCGUCUGCUAAGAAAUAAAUAAUAAUAGUUGUCACCAAUGUCUGCCUCUUGUGUUAUGUAAAUGACACUUAUGUUAUUAUUGUACAUGUAAGCAAGGUAGCUUGUGUUGCAAAAUGCUUGGUGGGUACAAAGUAAAGAAGGUCUGGCUUCAGCUGUCUAUUGAGCUGUAGACGACAUGGUGUUUUUUCUGUCCUCUGCUCAGGCCUGUCUGCAUUAGGUCAGGUUCUAUUACCAGAAUAUCACAGUGUGUUUUUUUUUCAGCUGGCUUGAUUCAAUCUGUGUUCCUGUUUGCACUCUGUGUAAUAGGCUUCUACUGCUGCUGGUGACCUUUAGAAGUACAUUCAAAGCUACAGGGCUGGG